AUGACUGGAGCUGGGGCGACGGUUGGAGGAUCAGGUUCGGGUUUCGGUGGACCACCCCAACGGACGUACGAGGAACGUGCUGCUGCACGCGAACAAAUGAUGAAUAACAUUCGCGAGACGUCGCAGCAGGACCGACGUGUCUACGUAGGCAACUUGUCUUACGACGUAAAAUGGCACCAUCUCAAAGAUUUCAUGCGACAGGCUGGCGAAGUACUGUUCGCUGAUGUUUUAUUACUUCCGAACGGGAUGUCUAAGGUGGGCUUCUACACAAUUGUGGAAUAUGCUACAAGGGAGCAAGCCCAAACAGCUGUUCAGACUCUCAGCAACCAAAACUUAAUGGGUCGACUCGUCUACGUUCGUGAGGAUCGUGAAGCGGAACCUCGAUUCAUCGGCGCGACUGGAGGCCGCGGCGGCUAUGGUGGUGGCGGAAUGCAAGGCGGUUACGGCGGCGGUGCUGGGGCUGGCGGCUCUGGCGGCUCUGGCGGCUACGGAGGUGGAGGUGGCGGUGGCGGCAUGGGUGGCGGCAAUCGCCAGAUCUACGUGUCCAACCUUCCAUACACUGUUGGCUGGCAAGAUCUCAAGGAUCUGUUUCGACAAGCAGCUCGCAAUGGCCAGGUAAUCCGGGCUGACGUUCACUUGGGCCCGGAUGGCAGACCCAAGGGCUCUGGAAUCGUCAUGUUCGAGCAUCCCGAAGAUACUCGCAAUGCCAUUCAACAAUUCAACGGUUUCGAAUGGCAAGGUCGCCUACUCGAAGUUCGUGAGGAUCGAUUUGCUCACCAAGGCGCUGGUGGAUAUGGCCGGGGUGGCUUUGGAGGCCGUGGUGGUUUUGGCGGUGGUUCCUACGGUGGCCGAGGAGGUUUCGGUGGUGGUCGUGGCGGCUUCGGUGGCGGCUACGGCGGACGUGGUGGCUAUGGUGGACCCGCCAGCAGCGGCGGCGGCGGCGGCGGUGGUGGUGGCGGAUAUGAAGCCGCCAGUUCAACCCCUGCAGCUCCAAAUCCCUUCACCGAUUUUGCCACAGCGGGGACUGAUCCGAGCGAAAUCAUAUACGUUCGAAACCUUCCUUGGUCUACCAGCAAUGAAGACUUGAUUGAGCUGUUCACGACGAUCGGCAAAGUUGAGCAGGCCGAAAUCCAGUACGAGCCUAGUGGACGAUCUCGGGGGACCGGUGUCGUUCGCUUCGAUGGUACUUCGACUGCAGAAACGGCCAUUUCAAAGUUCCAGGGCUACCACUACGGCGGGCGACCUCUUGGCCUAAGCUUCGUUAAAUAUGUCACUCCAGGUGGUGGCGACAGCAUGGACACGGAUACACAUGGUGGUCUGACUCAAGACCAGAUCAUGUAG